UAUUGUUCACUGAAGCGACAGGCCUAUAUAUAAGCAUAAAGAUCAGGGUGAAGUAGUCAGACCUGUCUGCUAAAGCCACAGGACUAUAGUGAACGCACAGGUCUGUGUGGACUCAAUAUGACCUGUCUACUGAGACCAAAGGACUAGAGAUCAAGGAACACUAUGGACUCAACCAGACAUGGCUAGGGAAGCCACGGACCAGAUAAACCAACAGAUCCACGUGGACUCCACCAGACUGCACUUCUGAAUCCACAGGACUAGAGAUCAACGAACAGAUCCACAUGGACUCAACCAGACCGUUGUACUGAGAAGUUGGGCUAGAGAUCCACCAACAGCGUGGACUCGACCAGACUCCUGUCUACUGAACCACUACUCUAACCACAUAGGCAUCCACCAGCAGAUCCGCCUAGACUAGCCCCGCCGCCAUGCGCUCCUCGCCCCCCAACGCCUCCCGCUUCGGGGACCCCCAGCUGACGGACGGCGUGUACCUCACGCUGUCCGCCAUCAUGGCGCUGGUCACCGCGCCGUCCCUCGUGCUCAACGCCACGGUGGUCAUAGUGACGCUGCGGCACAAGAAGCUGCGCCAGCCGCUCAACAUCGCGCUCGUCAACAUGGCGGUGGCCGACCUGGGCGCCGCCCUGACUGGGGGGGUCCUCGGCGUGGUGUACAACGCCUGGCCCGGACACCCCCCGCUGGGCAGGACGGCCUGCGUGGUGGAGGGCUUCGCGGUGUCCGUGUUCGGCAUCACGUCCCUGUGCACGGUGGCCCUGAUCGCCAUGGAGAGGAUGUUUGUGGUCUGCAAACCCCUGGGCCAGUUCAACUUCCAGAUGAAGCACGCCGCGGUCGGUGUGGCUCUGUCCUGGCUCUGGUCGCUGGGCUGGAACCUGCCCCCCCUCUUCGGCUGGGGCCGCUACGAGCUGGAGGGCGUGGGGACGUCCUGCGCCCCGGACUGGCACAGCCGGGACCCCAGCACCGUCUCCUACAUCCUGUGCUACCUGUGCCUGUGCUUCGCCAUGCCCUUUGCCCUCAUACUGGCGUCCUAUGGGAAGCUGCUGUGGACGUUGCACCAGGUGUCCAGGAAGGUGUGUCUGGAGGGAGGGGCCUCAGCACGGGCGGAGGCGAAGGUGGCGCGCAUGGUGGUUCUCAUGGUGGUGUGCUUCCUCACGGGCUGGCUUCCUUAUGCCGGCAUGGCCAUGGUCGUGGUGUACAGCCCCGAUGUCCACAUCUCUCCGCUGGUGGCCACGCUGCCCGUGUACCUCGCCAAGAGCAGCACUCUUUUCAACCCCCUUGUAUACAUCUUCCUCAAUAAACAGUUCCGACAGUAUGCGGUGCCCUUCCUGCUGUGUGGGAGGCAACCCUGGGUUGAAGAGGAGGACGUAUCAGAGACACAGACCAUGGUGGAGUGAAGCAAUGAGAGGUAGCCCUACUGAUAUCCUGGUCCUUCAGGUCAAGUCAUCCAUCAUAUGUGCUGUGUGCAUUAAAAUGUUAAAUACCUCAACAUGUAAACGUAUAUGUGUACGCAUUUAUAUUCAGUGUAUUAUGUAUGUAUAUGUAUGUAAGUAUGUUUAUGUUUGCAAUAGUGAUAAUGAAUGUGUGUGUAAUGGAUUAUUGUUGUAUAAGAGCUUUUACAUAUAUUUGAUGUUUACUGCUGGACAGGAAUAAUGAUCUAUGAACUAUGCGUAUUUUAGCAUAAGUUUAUUCAGUAAUAACCAUUACAAAAUAAAAUAUCAGUAUUGAUUCAAAUAAUAUCAAGGCCAAAAUAAAAUGGAAAUAUACAAAAAAUGUAUUAAUACAAAACCUAGAGGGAUACAGUGAAGCAUUUUGCUACUAAGAGAAAUCAUGUUGACUGAAUAAAAACAUUACAGAGCAAAUAUCAAGACUUUCAAGUAGAGGGUCUGUCCAUACUUUUGUACAUAGUUUACAUUAUCUUCUAUUUUAAUACAUAUCUCAUAACAUUAAUAUUUUGUAAUAAUAAUUAGAAUCAUAGCAAUAGAAUGAAAACUAAUAAACUUUUUCAAAUCAAUAGGCGUUUCUCUGUAAACUGACUCUUAACCUUUUGACUUUUUUUUCUCAGCCGCAAACAAAGAAACAGUUGCCCCUUGAAAAAAAAUAGAGAUUUUUUUUUUAAAUAUACUCUUUCAGUCCCAGCGUUGUAAGGUGAGGUGUAAAUGACAAAUAUAGAGUUCACUAAACCAUACACACAGUCACAAAAGUACAAAAUUGUCUCACCUUAAUACACAAAUUUGUUUUAGAAAAAGGGAAACAAAAGCACUAUACAGUUACUUGUGCAAAGACAAACAGCUAUGUGCUAAUAUUUUAAAUACCAUUGGUACAGAAGGAACCAAUCGUCGCUCUUCUCUUUUACUUCAGGAGUCCCUGACAUGAGGUAAAAGUACGUUGUUUUUUAUCAAUUAGUUCAACACAACCCUUUGAAAAUUGUUUUACAAAAUAAUGCAUAUCUUCAGUUCAUCAGUACUUUAAUUGCUACGAAUAGUACAAUGUGCCCGUUAUGUGCAUUGGUCCUUUUAAAUGAUGGGUCUCAAACAAAAGGACGAGAACACAUUUCUUUUUUUUACUCACAAACAAGUCAAAGAGCCCUUUCAAUGUGCACACAAAGUGGAAAACCUACAUUUUCAUGACAGUAUUCGGUUGAAUCGAGAGUACAGUACAGCACUCUAAACUACAAAUCAAACACCCAUGAACUACAAAUCCCAUAGUUGUUGUAGCCAACUCAAUCUCCUCUGUGCCAACUCCCACUACUCCUGGUUGUCUUACAUGCCUAUACAUCAAAGC